UAUACAGAAACUCCUCUCCCCCCCUUUUUUAGAGACUGGGUAUGAGUCAAUUGUUUGGGAUGCCUGUGGACUUUCUCGAGGGAUGACGUAAUGGUAUGACCAUCCGAAAUGCCUCACCGUAAUCGCAGUUUAUUGUUGGCACCAAGCGCUUGACAACUUACGAAGAGCUUUUAGGUCAAGGGCUGCUUUCUUUCUAUCUAGGUUACUACAGGCAUACGAGUAUUGUCGGUUACAAGUCAAAGAAUAAGGUCGCAGUUGUUGAUGAAGUCGAAAUUCGAGCGAAUUUGGUGACAGAUACCCGAAUAUAACUGCUACCAAGACGACUUUCUAUUUGUUCCAAAAUGAGCUCGUUGGUCAACGAAGAGCUAGACGAAAUACAAAUCGAAAAGCACCAUGCUUCUAAAAAAGUUCGCAACAUAAUAAUCGUUGUGCUCAUCCUAUCAACUGUCAUCUUCAUCGCCGUCCUUAUUGCGUUACUGAUACGAGGGAAGAGCUCUGAAAAUGAUGAAAAUAACGACGAAGAUUCUUCAAUUCUUAUAGCCACUGAUGGUGGAACAAUACGAGGUACUAGGAAUUCAAAUGCUUGGGUGUUCAAGGGGAUUCCCUACGCCAAGCCCCCUAUAAAUGACAUGCGAUGGAAACCACCUUUCCCAUGUGGGCAUAAUCACUGCUGGCAAGGUACUUUUAAUGCUGCUUUUUACGGUAAAGUUUGCCCUCAGUUAAACAGCGAAGAUCAAGUCAUCGGCAGCGAAGAUUGCCUUUAUUUAAAUGUUUGGACGCCAAGUGUAGAUAUCAAGCAGCCUGUACUUGUAUUUAUUCAUGGAGGCGACUUGACUUACGGAUCUGGACACGAUAGGGGGAUUCAUCCGACCCCGGAAUUUGUGAGUAACUUGGGUGUUGUCGGCAUUUCUUUCAACUACAGACUUAACGCGUUUGGAUUUCUGAGCCUAGACGCUCUCUCAGACGGCUCCAAAAGCAAUACGUCUGGAAAUUACGGAUUCAUGGAUCAAAUUAUGGCGUUGUCGUGGAUUCAUACAAAUAUUGCACGUUUCGGUGGAGAUCCCGAUCGGGUUAUACUUCUUGGUCAAAGUUCUGGUGCCACUUCCUCCCUUGCUUUGUUAGUGUCCCCGCUAGCUAAUGGACUCUUUCACGGUGCUAUCCUUAUGAGUGCAUCCCCUGUAUUCAGUAAAUCAGCCAAUGAUGCUUCUAGUGACAACAAGGUUUUUGUCGAACGUAUGGGCUGUGCCCAUGACAGCCUUGCUUCUACGCGUGAGUGCCUCUACCGUUCUAAUGUAGCUAGAAUUAUACAGAAGAGCCCGUGGAAUGUAUACCCUUACUGGAGUAUGCCAGACCUGACCGAUCUUCCGACUCCGGGAUUUUUCAGCGGUGCCUUGGCAACAGUCGAUGGGCAUGUGGUACCAUACCCACCAUUUAUUGCGUUGUCUUCCGGUAGGAGAAUCAACGAUGUACCCAUCAUUUUAGGCACAACAGCUCAGGAGAUAGACUACCUUCCCGGAAAGCUCUUCAACACAAAGGCAGACCUGAGUGACUUCAAGAGAUACGCCAGCGAGAGGCUCUCAAGAUUCCUGAGUGAUGCCGAAAUCGAGAAAGUAUUUUCAAUGUACCUGGUUGAACACAAACAUCCGCGGCUUUCGUACGCUAAUAUCGUCACGGAUAUCCGAGUCACGUGCCCAACACGUGUGCUUGCCGUUGGCGCGUCCACCGGACUGCGUAGUGUCUAUCGUUACGUGGUGACCAACUGGCCUAGUAAGCCAGUCACGCUUGUGGGAGACAAGACCAGUGCUUACGCCUUUCACAUGUGGGAUCUAUUGGCGUUUUUCGGUUUCCCUGAAGCGUUCGGCUAUUCGCCAUCUGCCAGAGAUAAGAGAUUCAUGGUCAAUUUAAGAAGGGAGCUUGGUAGAUUUAUCCAUAGCAAUAAGGUUGAGAGCUCAGGCUGGAAGCCCUAUCCUGAGGUGACCGCUCUUUUCACCGACGGCGGACUGGACUUUGCGCGUUCGUAUUUGGAUAGAGAAUGUGACCUCUGGUUAGGGCAUGGCCUGUUUCCAUAUGGCUGGGUCAACUAGUUUACGUCAAAACAAUACAAAACAAUAUAAAGGCAGAGCAAGACUUUUUUGAAUAAUUUAUUGAGUAUGACAGACAAUCAGUUGUAGUUACACAUUUUCCAAAAUACGUUGGUGCAAAUGGCGAAUGGCACAUGGAAGUACUAAGAUCAAAA